AUGUCGUCAGAGAGCGACCGCUCGGAGCAUCGGCCUCUCCCGGUGCAUGUGGAACAAGGGAGUCCACUUCUUACACCGGGAGAUGCAAAGGGAAUACCGGCGCCGGCCGCAAUGCCCACUACUCCGAGCUUGUCUGGAAUGUGGCAGCCGGAAGGCAUGCCGAUGUUGAUGAUGCAGAUGUUGGAGAAACUGUUGGGGACACCCAGAGGUCUGCCGUUGCGAGGAACUUCUGGAGCCCCAACAUUCAAUGGUAAGGAGGUCAGUGAAUUCUUGAGGACCUUACAUUCGUUGUUUAGGAACCAUGGAAUCACGCGAGAGGAGGACAAGAUAGGUGCCCUGUGUGAUUAUGUAUCAGUAAGUGUGUGUGAAUGGGUAGAGAGCCUCCCUGAAUAUGAGAGGAAGGACUAUGAAGGAUUGGAGAAGCGGCUCCUAGAGGAGUAUCAGGACCAGGAUUCAGCACAGGCCAAGCUCAACAUAGGUUGGCUUGGCAGGUUUGUUGCUCAGAAACGGUCAACAGAUGACAACUUGACCAAGUAUGUUCGCGAAUUUAGCAACGUCUCUGGUGAACUGAUGCGCUGA